CCUCCCUCCAGGUGAGCUGUCAGUCCAUUCCCAAGACCGGCUGAUUCCUGCCGUGGGAAAUAAAAGUGACCGAUCCCUGUCCUGGGCGGUCUGGGAGCACGGGCGGAGAGGGGGCAGAAGGACCGGGGCUUCCAAUGGGGCCUUGGAAACCUCCCCCCAAAACAGUUUGCCUUAUGGCCAAAAAUUACACCUCCCCACAGCCGGGGAGGAGGUUGGGAGAAACGGAUUCCCGUCUAAAGGGCUGGCCCUUCCCUGCUCGUAUUUGGUCUGGAAGGUCCCGGUGGACGUGGGGCGUUUCAGAUCCAAAGACCGUUUCCCCUCACUGAGAGUGGAGCACCGUCCCUUUUAUGCAGAUUCCGGCUCCGCCCUCGGCCUUCCCAAACUGGCUGACUCAAAGCCUGGAGCCGCUGAGCCCUCAGAGUCCCGAGACCAGAUUUUGGGGUCCUGGGUGGAGGAGGGGGGAUUAUUAAUGCACAGGGUGUCUACCUGUGCAGAGGAUGCCAGGAGGAGAGACAGGACUAGGGCAAGAGUGAAGCCCCUGUAAUGAGUUGAGCAGAAAAUUCCCCGAUUAACCAAAUGGGAUUUGUCGGGGAAGCCGGGUGGGGAGGGAUUAAAGGGGCAGUUUCAGACCCCGGCUGCCGCCGCCGUCAUAAAGCAGCUGGGAAGGGGCUCCGGCUGAUAAUUCCGGGGACCACGGAGGCGACCGCUCCCAGCGAGGCGGGAGAGCCCAUCCCCAGUAUGGAUGAAAUAGUGCUGCUCGGCAUGGAGGGCGUCAGGAAGAAGAUCCUGCACGGAGGCCUGGGGGAGCUGCCCGCCUUCCACGAUGGGAGCAAGGUCACCUUCCACUUCAUGACGCUCAAGGACGACUCGGAGCGCACGGCGAUCGACGACAGCCGCAAGGCGGGGGCCCCCGUGGAGCUGGUCGUGGGGAAGCUCUUCAAGAUGGAGGUGUGGGAGACCCUGCUCACCUCCAUGAGGCUCGGAGAGGUGGCCGAGUUCUGGUGCGACGCGGUGCACACAGGCUUGUACGCGCUCGUGUCCAGUAGUAUGAGGAGGAUCGCAGAGGGCAGGGACCCGGCCGAGGGGCAGCGGCACCGCUGCGGCAUGGGCAACUUGUUUGACUACCACAGCACGGGCUACGGCGACCUGGACGAGCUGCAGAGAAGCCCGCAGCCCCUCAUCUUUGUCAUGGAGCUGCUCAAGGUGGAAGCCCCCUGGUCCUACGAGCGUGACACCUGGGCCAUGAACCCCGAAGAGAAGCUGCAGGCCGUGCCCCUGCUCCACGCCCAGGGCAACCGGCUGGUCCUGCAGAGGAAGUUCCGCGAGGCGGCCGCCAAGUACCAGGAGGCGGUCGUCUGUCUCCGCACCCUCCAGGCUAAGGAGAAGCCCCUGGAGGACUCCUGGUGCCACCUGGAAGGGCUUCUCACGCCGCUCAUCCUCAACUACUGCCAGUGCCAGCUGGAGCUGGGGGAGCACUACGAGGUGCUGCAGCACACCACCGCCCUCCUCCAGAAGGACCCAGGGAACGUCAAAGCCUAUUUCAAGCGCGCCAAGGCCCACGCGGCCGUGUGGGACGAGGAGGAGGCCCGGACAGACUUCCUGCGGGCGGCCCGGCUGGACCCGACCCUGGCCGCAGCCGUGAAGAAGGAGCUGAGGCUGCUGGGAGAGAGGAUGAGAAGAAAGAGGGUGGAGGAGCGGCACACCUUCCGGGGUCUUUUCCGGGGGUCGGGGCCCAGGGAGCUGGGGGCUGGGCGGCACCCUACCCUGCUCAGCUUCUGCUACCUACCGACCGCUGCCAAUUUCAGCUCAGCCUCUGAAUUCGGGAACCCUCACACCCCAACCCAGAAACCCUGA